AUGAAAGAAGCAAGUUAUGCAGAGGAGUUGAAAACACUUGCAAACUUCAAAGAAACUCAAAACGAGUGGUUUGUGAAAGAGGAGAAGAAAAAGAGGAGCAGAAAGGCUACUCCUAAAGUUCAAGUAGAGGAGGGUUUAUCUUCUCAACCAAAACAAAAGCGUCAAAAGAAAAGUGUCGAGACUAUGCUUGUUGAUGAAUCAGAUAAAGAAGAUGAAGCUGAAGAUGAUGCUGAAGGAGAUCAAGUUUGUUUGUCUCCUGAAUCUGCAAGGUUUUUGAAAUCUCUUAAUGAAUAUAAUGCUGAAACUGAAAAGGCAGCUGGUGAUGAAGGUGACGAUGUAGAGGAAAGUUCAUCAAGCUCAUCUGAUGAAGAAAUUGAUGAAACUGAACGUGUAAAAAGAAUUAGAGAUGAAGUAGAGAAAGAGAAACAGUUAAAAAGAAAGAGGAGAGAGGAUAAAGAUGAUGAAUUGUACAAUCCAUCUCCUGAGCAUGUUACAGAAUCUCAAACAUCUCCAUCAUCUGGUGGUAGGAAGAAGGCUAGUGCAAGAAAACGUGUUAUUUCUCCGAAAGCUGCAAGAAGAAAGUUGAUAGUCAAGUUGCCUAAACGCACAUCAAAACCAAAACCACCUACACCACCAAAACAACCCACUCCACCACAAUCACCUCCACCACAAACUGAACAACAAUUAUCACCACCACAUCUAUCACCACCACAUCAAACACCAAUCCAAGAACAACCUGUUAUCACCUUGCUACAAAUUUUCCAAACACCACCAACCACACGACCACCCAUUCAAACCACUCCUGGAUCUUCUGGAUACAAAGAUUUUCCUCACAUUCCAGUGAAUAUUCCUCUUGAUGAUAUUGGAUAUUUCAGUUUUGUGAAUGAUGAGCAAGUAAAGAAGUUGGAAAAGAAAGUAGAGGAAGUGUUGGUUGAGAACAAAAAGUUGGUGGAUCGUGAGAAGAAACUUGAAAAGCGUUUUAAGUCUGUGGAAGCUGAAAAUUCCUCAUUAUUGAAGAAAGUUGAAGCUGAUCAACUUGAAAUUGAUUUUAUGAAAGUGAAAAUUGCAGAGUUGGAAGAUGAAAAAGCUCACAGAGAUGAGCAGAACAAGUAUUUCAGGUUAAAGAACAAAGAGUUAGAGGCUGCCAACGCAAAGAAAGAACACGAGAUGUAUAUGAUAAACAAAGUGUUAGAAAAUUUGCUUGGUAAAUCUGUUAAGAAAAAGUUUGAAGAAAUUGAAGUUGAAGAAGUUAGAGCUCGUCGUCAAGCUGCGAUUGAUGCUGAGAUGAAAAAUAAGGGUAAAGGUGUUGAAGGUACUUCUGAAGUUACUGAGAGGGCAAUAGUUUCAUCUGCUGUUUCUGAAGAGGAUGAUGAUGAAGAUAAGACAGAUGAUGCAGAUGAUAUAUUUUCUGCUAGUAGCCAUAGUGACAAUGAUAAUGAUGACGAUGGUCAAGGUGGUACAGGCAUUAAAGUUACUACGGCAUCUAAUGAAGAGAAUGUUGAUGAUUAUCUUCGUGACGAUGCGAAUGAAGAGCCAGAAAAUGCUGAAGGUGAAGGGGAGAAUGUUGAUGAUCAAAAUGUUGAAAGUGAAAGAUUGAUAUUACGUCUUGAGCCUGAUGUUGAGGAAGGUGAAAUCAGGCAUACUUACACCAUGGAUGAUUUUAUCAAAAUGACGCAUAUCGAUGAUCCUAACUUCAAUCAAGCAAAUAUAGAUGAGCUAAGGAGGAAAGUUGAAGAAUGUCUGAAAGAUAAGAAUUUGAAUGGGACGACGAAGGAUGAAAGUCGUGAAGAGAGGAAGAAAUGGUUCAGAAAAGACACAGAAAGAAAGUUUAAAAGGCCAUUGAAGUUCUAUAAGAGAGACAGGGAUGUGUCACUAGGGGAUAUUAUCAGUUGGAGCUUUUUGACACAAGAUAUCAUGUCCUUACCCUGGUGGGAUGUUGAAGAAUUAUCAAAAGUUACAACUUUGGAUUAUCCUGUUAGAAAGCAUGAUGUACUCAUUUGGGGCCUGAUGAAAUUUGAAGCCUUCAGAGGAUUCAAACACUGGAAACCUCACUAUCCGAAGAAAGUGAAGAGGGUAGAUCCAGUAUCUGGAAUUGAAGAAACGAUCUUGCAUGAGAAGAAGCCUAAAGUGAUUAACAAUAUUCCAGUGCCGAAAAUGGAGCAAGAUUUCCAUAAGGGGUUUGUGUAUUAG